AAGAUGGCUGCUUAUGUACACAUGCGCAUUAACGUUCCUGAAAGAUUUAGUUGUGUUGGCGGCAACCUAUCCUUGCGAUAAGAAGAGCUGGCGGUGGCAAGAGUUAUACUAACAUGUCUCGCAUUCUGAACGGCAUCGUAGCUACGUGUCCUGAUCUGGGAAUAGGCAGAAAUGGACAACUUCCCUGGCAUCCCACAAGACUAAAUGAGGAAUUCAAACAUUUCCGCAGGAUGACGUCAACACCGUCCAUGGAAGGUAAGAAGAAUGUGGUGAUAAUGGGCAGGAAGACAUGGUUUUCCAUCCCAGAGAAAAACAGACCUUUAAACAACAGGAUCAACAUUGUCCUCAGUCGACAGCUCAAAGAGCCCCCUCCAGGCGCCCACCAUCUGGCUCCAGAUUUUUGCUCGGCUCUCAGGCUGAUUGACACACAGCUGUCAGACCAGGCUGAUCAGGUCUGGGUUAUAGGAGGCAGCUCACUCUAUAAGGAAUUGAUGGAGAGCCAAGGGACCAGGAGAUUAUUUGUCACACAAGUCCUGAAACAGUUUGAAUGUGACACCUUCUUCCCUGAAAUCUGCCCAGCCAAGUACUCUCUGCUACCCGAUGACAGCAACCACUGACGAUGGUCCGAAAAUUCCAAACGUGAGUAUUGGCACUGGUGGCCGUGCAUAAAUAGGAAGCCAUUGCUUCAUGCUUUCUGCUGGGUUGCCUGGGCUGUUAAGCUACAGGGUGGAAAGCUAACAUGAAUGCAUAUCAAAUGCACUUGUGUGUGUAUAUAUGUUUAGAGUUAUUUACAUUGAUAUCUCUUCCAGGUUUCCAGGAGUGCCACAGGGCAUGCAAGAGGAAAACGGUAUCCAGUACAGAUUUGAGGUUUAUGAGAGCACUGAUGUCACUAAAAAUCACUAAAAGGACACCAAUGAGGAAAAGGAUUUUUCUCUUGCCUGAAUUCAAUAUUAGAUGCAAAGAUGUCCAGAUGUUUUUCAACUUGUUAAAGUGAAGAUGCUUCUCACAUUUUGUAGCAACAAAUGAUGGGGUUCUGUCAGUGAUGUGUCACGCCAGUGGCUUGCCGUCAGUACUAGCACUGCAGUGUUAUAGUGUGCUGAUGAGGUAGUGGACGCUGUGAUAAGACAAGCAGCCGAGUCAUGGAAUGACUGCAAUGUAGUAUAAUGGUAAGGUAUGCAUACAGUGCUACUAUUAGCUGUGUAGCACUUUGAAAAGCCCUGUCCUAUGAAUAAACAAUUGAUUUAAAAGCCAAUGAAAGAAAGUUGUCGAGCAAUUUUUUAAAUUAUUAUUAUUAUUAUUAUUAUUUUUUGCCAAGCAGGAUCAUGAUAUAAGUCAGGGGUAUGCCAGAGAGCCAAAUAUUGAAAAUGAAAGGAUGCAAGGGCUACUUUGGAAGUUUCUUCUUAAAUGAUGAUGUGUUUUUCCCCUAGUAUUAUAUCCGAUAGUAUAACUUUUUCUCCCAACCUAAUGUUCCAAAAGUUACAACUUUAUUUUUGUUUUUGUUUGUUUGUCAUAGGCCGACAUUACGACUUAAAGAAUAAUGUAUUUUUUUUCUUCAAUAUUUCAACUUUAUGACUUCCUCACCAACCGGCCCCAUACUGUGAGAGUUGACCCCCACCUCUCCUCCCUUUGCAUACUGGGCACCGGUUCACCACAGGGCAGGGCUGAGCCCCCUUCUCUACUGUCUCUACUCCCUCCUGAUGCCUAAAGCUAAAGCUCGCUCUUUUUGAACGUGGUCGGAUUGUCGAGCUGCAUAAGCAAGGCCUCUCACAGCGUGCCAUUGCUGCUGAGGUUAGGUCCAGUAAAUCAGUCAUUCUACAUUUUUUGAAAGAUCCUGAGAAUUAUGCAACAAAAAAGUCAAGUUGUAGACCCAAAAAAGUCACACCUGUGCUGAACCGGAGGAUCCGAUUGGCUGUCCAUCAAGACACAGGGUGGUCUUCGACCCAAAUUAAGGCCUUACUGGUGCCGAAUGCAGCACAAUAGCCAUCAGAUGACAUCUGCGGGAAAAGGGUUUGAAAAACAAAAAAGGAAUUCAAAGACCUCGUCUCCUUCAACGCCACAAAACUUCCCGUUUAGACUUUGCCAGGGAGCAUCAAACAUGGGACAUUGAAAGGUGGAAAAAAGUUUUAUUCUCUGAUGAGAAAAAAUGUAACCUUGACGGUCCAGAUGGCUUCCAACGUUACUGGCAUGACAAGGAGAUCCCACCUGAGAUGUUUUCUACCCGGCACAGUGGAGGGGGGGUCCAUCAUGAUCAGGGGUGCUUUUUCAUUCAAUGGAACACUAGAGCUUCAGGUGUUGAAGGGUCGUCAAACGGCGGAUACUCACGUGCUUACGUUGCAGCGGGCAUCCCUCAUGACUGAGGGCCCUCGUCUGUGUGGUAACAGCUGGGUUUUUCAACAGGACAACGCUGCAGUUCACAAUGCUGGCUUGACCAAGGACUUCUUCAGGGAGAAUAACAUCACUCUUUUGGACCAUCCUGCAUGUUCCCCUCAUUUAAAUCCCAUAGAGAACAUUUGGGGAUGGAUGGCAAGGGAAGUUUAUAAAAAUGGCCAUCAGUUCCAGACAGUUGAUGCCCUUGGUGAAGCCAUCUUCACCACUUGGAGCAAUGUUCCCACUAGCCUCCUGGAAACACUCACAUCAAGCAUGCCCAAACCCAUUUUUGAAGUGAUUAACAAGAACGGUGGAGCUACUCAUUACUGAGUCCUACUGAAAAGAUUUUUUUGUUCUGCGUUGGAGAGUUUUUUAUUGUUUGAGUGAUGGUUUUAAACUUUUGAUCAGCUGAUAAACAGUCUAUUUCAGUUUAAUUGUUGUUUUCAAUUAAUUACUUUUUCAAAAUGCUUUUUGUCUCACUCCCCCUUCUUGUUUUUGCAUAUUGUAGCUCUACUUAAAACCUCAUUAAGAUCCAAAUAUGCAAAAUGCAAAUUCUAGCAAUUUUACAACUGGUCUUAAGAUUUUGGUCAGGAGUGUAUAAUAUAUAUGUUAUAUACAGCAUAUAUGGGCCACUUGGUGGCCUAGUGGACACAGUCAGGAGAUUGGGAAGACUUGGGUUCGAAUCUCUGUGUGGAGUUUGCAUGUUCUCCCCGUGCGUGUGUGGGUUUUCUCAGAGUACUCCGGUUUCCUCCCACAUUCCAAAAUCAUGCAUGUUAGGUUAAUUGGCGACUCUAAAUUGUCCAUAGGUAUGAAUGUGAGUGUGAAUGGUUGUUUGUCUACAUGUGCCCUGCCAUUGGCUGGUGACCAGUCCAGGGUGUACCCCGCCUCUCGCCCGAAGUCAGCUGGGAUAGGCUCCAGCAUACCCCCGCGACCCUAAUGAGGAUAAGCAGCACAGAAAAUGAAUGGAUACAGUAUAUAUUAUAUUUAGACUUUAUUCUGGUAACGUAACUUUCUAAUUUUCCAAAAAUUACAACUUGAUGAGUUGUUUUAUUAGUUUCACAUAAUAUUACGACUUAAAAAAAAUGUUUCUUUAAUAUUUAAUCUUUAUGCUACUAAAAUGAUAAUUUUUCUUCAUAAUAUGUUAUUGUCCUAAUUACAACUUUUUGUAAAUAGAUUACACGUUUUUUCACUUAAUAUUUUUUUUUACCUUACUCUUGUAAAAUUACUGUUGAUUUAUCAAUUUCUGCUUAUUUUUAUUUGUAUUUUUUUAUAUAAUUUUAUUUUAUAAUAAUUUAUUAUAAAUUUUUAUUAUUUUAUUUAUUUAUUAUUAUUAUUUUAAAAUAAUAUUUUUAGAAUGUGCCGAGGACUGCAAAUGCCCCCUGGGCCUCCCUGACAUAAAUCAUAUAAUAUAAAAUAUAAAAAGCAUUUUCUUUUUUAUUGUGUUGUAUUGUAUUUUAAUUAAUUUUAAUACAUUUUAUUCACAUAACAUAUUUUGUAUUUUUAUAUUUAAAUUCAAUUAUUUUAAACUAAUAUUUGUGUUAUUUAUAUGAAAUUAUAUUUCACAUGUUUUAAUAUAUAAAAAUAGAUAUGCUCUUCUUUUUGGAAUAUAAUAACUUUUAAUAUAUUUUAGCAUUCUAAUAUAUUUAUACAUUAUUUCAGUUUCAUCAUGAAACAAAUUAUUUCAUGUCUUUAUUUUUUUAAAUUCCUUUUAACUUUCUUUUAUAAUGUGUGUGUCCUGUAUAUUAUAUGCCCAAAGUUCAGGGUGCAUUUAUGUCACUGUUAAGUUGACGUAUGUUCCACUUUUUGUGCUUUCAAGACUCGCAUGCACUCGAGCUGUAAUUGCAGUCACCCGAUGAGCUGAUAAGAUGUAACUGGGUCAAGCUAACACUUUGCUGAAAAGGUGGUGAAAAAUGAUCACAACUUUUGAAAAGGAAUUAAAAUUAGAACACGCGCUUCUGAGACGAAUGUCAUGGCUGUAUGGUAGUUGCAUUUAGGACAGAUAAAGCCUUUUCAUUCGCAGUGCAUGUGACUACUCUUAAUUUCAAAUCAAGAAUCACAUGGAAAUGUAUUGACAGAGGUUGUUUUAAUAAAAUGACUCAGCCUUACAAUGAAGAAUAUGUCCUGCAUGGAGUAGUAGCAGUUUUGACAUGCUACAUGAUUCAUUUGUAACGUCGAGACAAAAGUCACGACUACCUUUUCCAUGAGAAUGGUCUGGGGAAAAAAGCUGCUCAUACUGAUUUAUUGUACAGCACAACACCUUUAUAUCCCUUUACAUGUCGAAAAGAAGUCCCCUUGCUGAUUUAGUAGGUUUACCUGCUUUCAAAUAUAUGAACGCUACAUCAUUUGUUGCAACAGAGAGAUAGGAUGUUUUAAAAAAUCCAGAAAAAAAGCAAUAACUAAAGAUUUGGCUCAUCGGUUUUUAUUUUAGUCCUGUCCCUUUUGGAAAGGAUAAAAGACGCCUGUCACACAAACAGUCUCUUCCACUCAAACUCCUCCACCACCAUGAUUUGCACCAGACUAGAAUGAUCGACAAGACCAUCAAGAAGAAGCUUGGUGAGAAAGAGAGCGCUAUCGGGGCAAUCAUUCGGGUUAAACAAUGGUUUCUCCAACAAGAACUAUGUCACGGGGAUCAAAUUAGGGUUACAAUGAAUGAUUAUUUACUAGAGCUAUCAAUUGAUUAAAAUAUUUAAUCGUGAUUAAUCACAUUUUGUCCACAGUUAACUCAUCCAUCACAGACAUUUUUAUCUAUAAUAAGUAGGGAUGUAAAUCUCUUUGUGGUAAACGAUUUGAUACACAUCUAGAUUUGCGUAUUUGCGAUUGAAAAAACGAUUUAUUUUUUAAAACAAAAUGAUUUGACAUGAUUCGAUACAGUGUACAAACGAUAUUAUUCCACA